GUCUGGUUCAUCACAGAUUACUCACAGACUGAGUAGAGGUGUGGUAGUUAGAUACCCCGGGGCAACAACGACAAUGAGCAGGGCAUAAUAGUCGUGUCGCAAAAUGCGAUGCUAUCUCCACGCAUUUCUGCUGUGCACGGUGCUCACCUUGUUCUCUCUGCUGUAUGUGGUCAGCCAGCUAGCCUCCUCCCUGGAGGACGGAGACGAGCGCGUGGUGAGAGAGCGCGGCUUACCCGACAGCAGCCGCCAUGACGCGGGGAGCCUUCUCAGGAAAAGCCCGGGAUUGGUAGGCCUCCGGGGCGGCGGCGGCGAUCAGGAGCUGGACAGGUGUAAAUCACUGUCAGUCUCCUACUGGAGUCCGUAUUGGAGACUGCCUGCUGAUGUUUGUGGAGUGAACUGCUUGUUGGAGACAUCUCUUAGAGAGAGGUCAGGCCCGGCGGCCCGGGGACAUGCUGAUGAGAGGAGUCACCUGGCCGUGGUGGCCUGUGGCCCCCGGCUAGAGGAGACUCUCACCAUGCUGAAGUCUGCCGUCCUCUUCAGCAAAAAGCCGCUGCACUUCUACAUCUUUGCUGAGGAUGUGCUGCACGACGGCUUCAGGAACGCUCUGGAAUCAUGGCCGAGAACAGUUCGGACCAGGUUUAACUUCACAGUCCACCCCAUCACCUUUCCCAAGGAGAACGCUAAAGAAUGGAAGAAGCUCUUCAAACCUUGUGCCUCUCAGAGACUUUUCCUCCCGCUCAUUCUGAAGGAGCUGGAUUCCUUGAUCUACGUCGACACAGAUAUUCUCUUCCUGCGGCCCGUGGAGGACAUCUGGGCCCUGCUCUCUCAGUUCAACUCCAGCCACCUGGCAGCCAUGGCUCCCGAGCACGAGGAGCCGCGCAUCGGCUGGUACAACCGAUUCGCCCGCCACCCGUACUACGGCAAGACCGGGGUCAACUCAGGGGUCAUGCUCAUGAACAUGACGCGCCUCAGGGAGAAGUUUUUUAAGAACGACAUGACUCCAGUCACGCUGCAAUGGGAGGAAAUCCUGAUGCCUCUUCUUCAGAAGUACAAACUGAAUAUAACCUGGGGCGACCAGGAUCUUCUUAAUAUCAUAUUUCAUCACAACCCAGAAAGCCUCUUCGUGUUCCCCUGCCAGUGGAACUACCGUCCAGAUCACUGUAUUUAUGGCAGCAACUGUCAGCCGGCGGAGCAGCAAGGUGUCUUCAUUCUCCAUGGAAACAGAGGAGUUUAUCAUGACGACAAGCAGCCGGCAUUUCGAGCCGUCUAUGAAGCCAUCCAGAAGUUCCCUUUCGGGGGGGACAUGGAGGCGUCCCUGCUGCGGCCGCUGGAGGCGUCGCUGCAGUCGACCACACACACGUACUGCGGCCGAGCCAGCCACCUCUUCACCAAGAGGCUGAAAGAGAGUGCCGCGUCUGUCCGGCAGGACGCCGCCACCGUACAGGGGGGAUGACGCGCCCUCCCCCACACGCCAGUACGGCGCCACCGUGCCGCUCUGAUCGCAGAGAUUCAUGUUACUCCUGUGGAGACGAUCAGCUGGAGGACACACACACACACUCUGUCAACGCAGCAACUUCAUUUGUUUACAGACGGCAGAAAUCAGUGGGCCGAGUCGUGUGUGUGUGUGUGUGUUUUGUUUUUAAAGCUAAUGUUGGUACAUAUCUGCACAGUGGAGUCACAAUCAGGCUGCUCAUGAUUUCUCACUGUGGUGCAAAACGCACUGAAUCAGUUUGCCCUGCAGAGAUUUUGAGCUUCGGAGCCACUUCCUGUUUUCCAGACAAUCAGUCGGACAUUUUUACUUUUGUCUUAUACAGAAUCUUCAAUCACUCUGUUGUCUACGAAUUUUGUUAUAAAAACAAAUGCAGACUUAUAAAGAGUAUUUUAUUAGAAUGUUUAAUAUAAAUCUGCAUAUGGAAUGUGUAUUAGUGUUUUUUGUUUUUUCACGAAAAGGCGACUCCAUUAUUUUCAGGUAUUUUAUUAACUACAUAUUGAACUCCUGUUAUUGAACAAAACAAGUGUUUGUUGGUAAUAUCUGAUCAGUAUUUAUUAUAAUUGGAUGGAAGCACUUUGGAAGCCUUGUGCACAAAUUUAACACGCGGUUCAUUUACUCAUGAGAUGUUUACUGUUGUAACUAACCAGCCUCGGCGUCUCUGGUCCGAAAUGCGGUACGUUGUCAAGUGUCCAGGUAAUCUCAGAAAUGUUGCACAACUGCUGGAACAAUUGAUGUAAGAAUGCAAAAAGUCUUCUGUAUUUUUUCAAUGUUUUGCUGUAAAAGAGGAGAUAAACAUUUAAAUGAAUAUUAAAUUAA